AUGGCAGAAAAUAAGGACAGUAAUAUUAAAAGCGCAGAUGUGAGACCCAAAAGCAGCCGGAGCAGAAGUGCAGACAGAAAGGAUGGUUACGUCUGGAGUGGAAAGAAACUCUCCUGGUCAAAAAAGAGUGAGCAUUGUUCUGAUGUGGAACCAGCAAGUGCCUCAGGAAGAUCAGGGGCUAAUUUAAGGAGCCAAGAGAGGAAGUACAGCUGCUCCUCUAUCGAGCUGGAUCUAGACCGUUCCUGUGGCCACAGGUUUUUAGGUCGAUCUCUCAAGCAGAAGCUGCAGGAUGCUGUGGGUCAGUGUUUUCCCAUCAAGAAUUGUAGCAGUCGUCACACCUCAGGACUGCCAUCCAAAAGAAAAAUUCAUAUCAGUGAGUUAAUGCUAGAUAAGUGUCCUUUCCCUCCACGCUCGGAGCUGGCUUUUCGGUGGCACUUGAUCAAAAGACACACAGCUCCUAUAAGUCCAAAAGCAGAAGACUGGAUAAUUGCUGAUUUAUCCCAGCAGGAGGAAAGGGAGGAUCAGCUGCGAGACGAUGAGAUUGCCAACGGGGGAAUGGACUCUCCCUCCCAGUCCUGUGACUUUACCGACAGCGGUUCCUCCAGGCGUGAUUCGAGGUCUGAGCUGGUUGCAGGUAAGGUGGGGAGGAACAGUAGAGAUGAGAGCGACAUGGACUCUGAUGACGAAGUUAUAACACUGUGCACAAGUUCUAGAAAAAGAAACAAGCCUAAAUGGGAAACUGAUGAUGAGCUGCUACGUAUGGAAACACCUCCAAAAUACCAUACCCAGAUCGAUUAUGUCCACUGCCUAGUCCCAGACCUCCUCCAGAUAAAUAACAAUCCCUGCUACUGGGGAGUCAUGGAUAAAUAUGCAGCUGAGGCGCUGCUGGAAGGAAAGCCAGAGGGAACGUUUUUGUUACGAGAUUCUGCCCAAGAAGACUAUUUGUUUUCUGUGAGCUUCAGGCGCUACAGUCGUUCCCUCCACGCGCGGAUAGAGCAGUGGAAUCACAACUUCAGCUUUGAUGCCCACGAUCCUUGUGUCUUCCAUUCUCCUGACAUCACGGGACUCCUAGAGCAUUAUAAAGAUCCAAGUUCCUGUAUGUUCUUUGAACCACUUUUAUCCACUCCACUAAACAGGACUUUUCCUUUUUCUCUUCAACAUAUAUGCAGAACAGUUAUUUGCAACUCCACAACGUAUGACGGUAUUGAUGCGCUUCCCGUUCCUCCAUCAGUGAAGCUCUACCUGAAGGAGUAUCACUAUAAGUCAAAAGUGAGAGUACUCAGGAUUGAUGUACCAGAGCAGCAAAGCUAG